AUGAAUUUAGCAAUUCAACAACCAUUACGAUAUCCAUCAUAUAUGGAUGCUCGACAUCUUCCUGUAUCUAACCCAUGGUCUUCAAUGCCAUAUCGUGUUCCUAUGUAUCCUCAACAACAACAAUUUCGUCCAUCAUAUCCAAUAUCUCAACCAUUACCAACAUUUGUUUUUCCUCAACAAAAUAAUCAUAAUAUAAGAUCAAUGCCUCCAACUUCACCAUAUACGAAUACACGUUAUCAAUAUUUAAAAAAAUCCACCAGUCAUCCUAGUCGACGUUCAUUACAUCGAUCAUAUGAUGUUUCCACACGAUCUCAUCGUUCUAAUGAACCUAUGUAUACUCAACAAUAUCGACCAUCAAGGACGAAAUCUAUAUCAGAUCUUGAACAAACGACUCAAUUUACUUCAGCUCCUCUAUCUAAAGCUCAUUCUUGGCAUGCUAUGGCGAAUCAUCGUCGAUCAAAUUUAAGUGUUGCUUAUGCUCAAGAAAUGCAUAUAUCACCAAAACGUCAUCGAAAAAAUUCUUUACCUAAGAAGAAAAACAUAUCUCCUCGAAGACGUUUACCAUCACAUUCGCCAAAACGAAAACCAUCAUUUAAUCAUCCACGAAAACGUUCUGUACAAACACAUGAGCGUGGUCCCAUACGUAUUUCAACACUGGAUGAAAUGCCAAUUCCUACUACUAAAUCAAAUAGUAUUAACAAUGAUCGAUUAUCAACAAAAGGAAGUAUAUCGAAUUCAAGUACACGUCAUAUUAAAUCAAAAGGAAAUAAUUCAAUAAAAAAUCGAAAAAUCAAUAUUGUUAAUAACAAUAAUAAUAAUAAUAAUCCUGAAGAUUCCGAAGCGAGUAUAGAUACUCUGUCAACAUCAUCGAAUCGUAGUCGUUCAUCGUUUCAGCAACGUUUAAAUGGUUCAUUACGCAAUGAUCCAUUGAUUAGUGCUGCAAUGGAAGAUUUUCGAGAAUUUCGUCGAUCAUCCAGUCAAAAUCUAUCGUUAAUUGCAAGUUCUCGAGAUCCAAGUCGUGAUAGUCUUCGUUCAGAUUCUACCUUCCAUUCAUCAUCACGUUCUCGUAGUCAUAGUCAAUCAAGUUUUACAUCACUUGAACGUUCAGAAAUUCGUGAAUUAAUAAAAACAAUUAGAACGAAAGAUAAACAAUCAUUAAAAACUCCACUUCUAUCAUCAUCAGCAUCUGAACAUUCAACAACAAUAAAUUCUCUACCAUCAUCACCAAGUAUAAAACCAAAAAAAUCUUGUAUUACUGAAGAAUUAGAUCGAGAAUUUAAUAAAUUACGUGCACUCGAUCCAGAACAAGAUAUAACUUAUGUUACACCAUCAGCAAUCUGUAAACGAAAACGAACAAUGAAAAAACCUGCACCAAUUAUUCCACCCUUACCAACACUUGAUGAACUUCUACGUCAAGUUCAAUUACGUCCUGUUGAUAAAUCAAUAAAAUCUAGACCACCAAUAAAAGAAAAAUUACCUACAGAUGAUAUAUAUGAAAAUCCAUUAUCACCUAUUCCUGUUCCGCAAUGUAUUCCAGUUCCACAAUGUAGUCCAAUCCCACAGCAUACUCCAAUUCCAGAAUGUAGUCCAGUACCAUCAUGUAGUCCAGUCACAUCAUGUAGUCCAGAACCUUCAAUUGAAGAAAUGAAACAUGAAUAUGCUUUACCAAUAAAAAAAGUCGAAGAAAAAUCUAUACCACGAAUAUCACAUUUUCAACCAAUGCGCAAUCAUAGUUUUUCAAAACCAAUAAAUAAUUAUAUUCCGGAAAAACGACCUAUACGUCCACUUUCAAUGUUUAAUUGGUUUCAUAAUAAUCCGCCAAAUUCAAUGUUAACAACAUUUCAACCAAAUCGAAUUAUAAAUAAUAAAAAUGAACUUGGAACACCUAAUGUUAACGAAAAUAUCUAUACAUCAGAUAUUGAUGUAUAUGUACCAAUAUCAAGUAUUGAGAAAAAUGAUGAUGGUGAUGAUUCUCUUCAAAUUCAUAUUGAUAAUCAGACAAUUCUAACAGAUGAUUUUUACUCGGAUUAUGAAGCAAAACAAGGAAAAAAUCCAUCAUCGGUAUUAAAUGAUUUUUCACAUUUAUUUGCACGUAAACAUAAACAAUACAAUACAUGUCAUAAAAAAAAUCAACGUUGUUCAGUUAUGUAG